GAUGGAGUCCUCAUAAAACCAGACUUAGCUGCAGAGAAGGUUUUCAUUGUGGGUAUUUCAGAAGAUAUUAGGGGGAUUGAGCCAAUAUUCAGACAACUGGUAGAAGAAACCGCUAGACAACUGAGCACAGUGGAAAAUGAGGUGCCUCUUGAACCCGAAGCUUAUAAAUUAAUGUUGACACAUGGUCUGGAGAGAAGCAUCCUAGAAGAUUGUCCACAUGUGAAGAUUAGCUAUGAUGUAACUUCUAAGGCAGUCAAACUCUGUGGGCCAAAACAUGAAGUUCUCACUGCCAAAUGUGAAAUUCUCAAUACUAGACAAAGCUUGAAGUUCAAUUGCAUUCAACUUGAUCCACACAUCAUCAAGUUUCUGAAGGCAGCGGACAAUGAAGACUUGUCAUGUAGUCUUCUUAUAAAAAACAACAUAAAAGCAGCUUUUCAGUUGAAAGAUAAUGCAGUCAUGUUAACUGGUUACUCCGAUAAAGAUCUGAGAAAUGGUGAAGAAACCAUGAAGAAGGAAUUAGUCUGUAAGCGGAUUUCUGUUGAAGAUAAAAGUGUCACUCAGAGUCUGGAGUGGAGAAAUCUGAAGAGUUUACUACAGGAGAUGUUUAAUAUUGAUGGAAUGAAGGUUUCCAUAGAGGAGUUCCCUGUGAGGGAUGGAACUGAGGUUGUGAUCACUGGUCUAUCCUCAGCUGCCGAAGAAACCUACCAGCAGAUCCAUAACUUUGUGGGGAAGAACACUUUGGUGGAGAAGGACAUCAAGCUGAAGUCAAUGGCGGUGUUGCAGUUUAUGGAGGAAAAAAGAAGGCAGGAAUGGAAUGAAAUUAUACGGAAUGUGAAGGUUGUGAAGAAACAGAACUUCAUCUCCUUGUCUGGCCCAAAGUUCUAUGUAGAGGAGGCAGAAACCAACAUAAGAAAAAUUAUUUCCAAAAUGUAUUCUGACACCUUAGACAUUGAUAAACCCGGGGUCAAAAAAAUCUUUAUUGAAAAUGAAGAUAUGUAUGUUACUACAGUAUGGAACAAUCACAAAUGUGUGAUACAACUACAGAAGGAGGUCGAUGACAGAAGUUCCAAUGUAAAUGAGCUCCAUUGCCAAGUCAGCCUCCAGAAUGGAGCCACAAUGGUUAUAUAUAAAGGUGAUCUGUGCCAACACAAUGCUGAUGUCAUCAUAAUUGCCUCAAAUAAGAAUUUAAAGCCAAUUGGGGAACCAGCACUGGCUUUGGUGAAAGCAGCAGGACCCAGUCUUCAGAAAGAAUGUGAACGCAUUGUGCAGGAGGAAUGGGGGCUGGGGCCGGGAGAGUGUGUCAUAACAGAUGUGAGCAAUUUAUCAUGUAAGAAGGUAAUUCAUGCAAUUGCUCCCAAACUGGAUAAAAAAGGAAAUUCAAAAUGUGAGCGUCUUCUACGGAAAGUGAUAAAUGAGAGCUUGGUGAUGGCUGCAGAGAAUGGUCAAAGCUCUGCUGCACUUUCUGUUGGUGACUUUGUUACUUUCGGGUGUCCUUUGGAUCUGUGUGCCGAAAACAUUGUAAAAUCCAUAAAAUCAUACACAGAAAGCCAAGAAGGCUUCAACACCAUCAAAAACAUCCAUCUCGUGGACAGUGAUGAAGGCAUUCUACAGACUAUCACUAAAUUUGUGAAUGAAGAGUUUGAAGGAAGACAAGUCCAGGUUCCUUGGAAACAAGGCAAGAAAAAGAAGAAGAGAGUAGAAAUGAUGAACAAAGCCAACGAUCAAAUAGUGACCACCAAGGAAGGGUUGAACAUCAAUAUAAAGCAAGGAAAUAUUGAAAAUGCAACGACCAAAGUAGUUGUGAACAGUGUGGGGAGGGACCUCGACCUUCUUUCUGGAGCUGUGUCCAAGGCUUUGUUCAAGAAGGCCGGAAACAAGGACCUUCAGGAUCUUCUGAAUGUAGAGAAACGGGGGCGGUCGGUGGCAGACGGCUCCAUAUUUGUUACCGAUGGCUGUAAACUGUCCUGUGAAUUGGUUAUCCAUGUUGUGGUUCCAGAGUGGAAUGGUGCAAAUGGCUCUUCUGAGAAGAUUAUGAGAAAAAUAGUAAAUGAUUGUCUGAGCAUCACAGAAACCAAACAAUGCAGAUCCAUCACAAUCCCAGCAAUUGGAACUGGAGUACAAGAAUUUCCCAGGAAUACUGUGGCUGCGUUAAUGUUUGAGGAGAUUCUGGAGUUUAGCAGCAGAAAUCAGCUCCAGUAUCUGAGACAAGUGAAUUUCAUGCUGCACCCGAGUGACCCGGAAACUAUAGAGGCUUUCUCCUCUGAGCUGGAGAAGAAGAUCAGCGCUGGAGGACAGAAGAAAGAAGAAAAACCACAAUCUUUCUUUGGGAAUGUGAAAAGCCCGGCACAGGAUGUCUAUGAAAUGAGGAUUGGAUCCCUGACCUACCAGGUGAAAGCUGGAGAUAUAACAAAGGAAAAGUGUGACGUCAUUGUCAACUCCACCAAUAACACGUUCAACCUCAACACAGGAGUUUCCAAAGCCAUCCUGGAAGGAGCGGGGCCCCAGAUAGAACGUGAAUGUGCCAGGCUCGGAACCAAACGCAACAACGGGUACGCGGUCACACAAGGAGGAAACCUCCACUGUAAGAGUAUAAUACAUAUUUCCGGUCAAUGUCAAGCAGAUCUAGUAGGGCAGUGCAUAAAGGAAGCCCUGCACAUGUGUGAGAGACAACGAGCGACCUCAGUGGCCUUCCCGGCCAUGGGGACAGGUGCCGGCGGGGUGUCUUCUGCAGAAGUGGCAGAUGCAAUUUUAGACGCCGUGGUGGAUUUUGUCAAAUCUAAAUCAGCCGUGACCGUCCAACACGUGACGAUGGUAAUAUUCCAGCAAACCAUGUUAAAAGAUUUCCAUGACAGUAUGAAGAAAAAAAAGAAGGAGACACCAGCUGCAGCCAAACAACAGUCCUGGUUUUCUUUGACCAGAAUCACAUCAGCUUUGUUUAGUAGAUUCCAAUCCAACAAAAAUGACAGUAAAGAAGAGGAAGAAGAGGAAGAAGAAGAACCCAAAGUUUUUGAGCUGAGAGAAAACAUCGAGCCGGCCAUUUUCCACCUGUGUGCAGAAAGCCCCGAAUCUGUGAAAGCGGCCUCAGACUGGCUCCAAGACCUCAUAACAAAGGAUCAGCAUAAUAUUACUAUCACAGAUAACUGGAUACAGGACUUAGAUGAUAAGGACCAUGGUGACCUGGCUCAGCUUCAAAGAGUCAACGGAGUUCAUAUUUCUUUUGACGCACCACAGUCCACCAUUAAGGUGACAGGUCGCACCAAGGAUGUCCUGGAGGUCAGUAGUAAAAUCCAUGAGAUGAUAAAGGGUGUGCGAGAUAAGAAGACGCAAGAACGAGAGGCGGAGCUGUGCAGUAACGUGGUGGAGUGGGGAUAUUACCAAGGCACCAACUUUAUUCCCUUCAACAAAAUGACAAACCUAAAGCUGGAAACGGCUUAUAUUCACAAGAGUGCUGUGGAUAUUGAGAUCGCCGGUGUAAAACACAAGGCAAUUACAGAGCGAGAAAAAGCAAACGAUACCAGAGGAAACACAAUUAAGCUUCGACGGAAUCUGAAAAAUGCCGCGCCCCUCGUAAUCCCUCCACAUUGGGAUGCCAUGGAAAACAUCCAGCUGAAGGAGGUACCUCUGAACAGCAGCAGCCCGGACUACUCAGAGGUGGAGGGACUCUUUACACAAUCGUGUCAAAUGAGAAUCAUUAAGAUUGAGAGAAUACAGAACCAACAUUUGUAUCAGAAUUACCAAAUUAAGAAGAGCAGCAUCGAUACCAAGAACGGUACCACGACCAAUGAGAAGAGACUCUUCCAUGGCACCGAGGGCGGGACAACCGAUAAUAUAAAUCGUAAUGGGUUCAACAGAGCCUUCGCUGGGAGGAAUGCUGCGUUGUUGGGAAGAGGGACGUAUUUUGCUGUUGAUGCCAUUUACUCUUCGGAUGACACGUACUCCAAACCGGAUACAAAUGGAUACAAAUACAUGUACCUGGCCCGUGUCCUCACCGGUGUGUACUGUGCUGGGAAUAGAGCAAUGAUCGCCCCUCCAGCCAAGAGCCCAUCGAACCCCACCGACCUGUAUGACAGCGUCACAGACCGCGUAUCAGGACCCUCGGUGUUCGUGAUAUUUAAUGACAUCCAGGCCUAUCCGGAAUACCUCAUCACCUUCACCAAGUGA